UCACCGCCGUUAGCCACGCCUCUCACCGGCCGAUUUCCGUUACCAACCGCCGUUUCAUGAAUUCAUCUCCGUAACUAACCACCGUCAUCAAUCACCGUCUCUUAAUCCGUAAAACUGUCAUAUCAUAAAAAAUACACGCAAAUUAAAAACCCUAAUUUACCGUCAAAUGGAUUUCCGAUACGCAAGACCACCACCGCCGUCUUCGGAUCCUCAUCAACCACCGCCACCACCACAACAACAACAAGCUCUUCCACCUCCAGGACCGUGGUAUUCCGGUCAAUUUCAGUACCACUCGCCGUCACCUCCUCCGCCACAGUGGCCACCACAGCCACAACACUCAGAUCACCACGCUCAACCACCUCCUCCUCCUCCUCCUCCCCCGUAUGCCGCCGCAGCUCCUCCGCCGCCGGUGCCGUACUCUUCUUACUCGCUUCCUCCUAGACCACCUCAUAUGUCUCAACCACCACCACAACCUCAUUAUGCUCCUGUUAAUCAGGAGUGGAAUAAUGCAGGCUGGGGUCAUCAAGGUUGGGAUUAUUCAGCGCGAAACCAAAAUGAAGAUGAUUUGGCCGCUAGGGCUAGAGCAUGGGCAGCUUCUAAAGCUGUAACAGAUGAUCAGCAUCAACAAUCACAGGCAAUGCCUCCCCACCGACCAGAAGAAAUGAUCUAUCAGGAUCAAUAUUCGCAGAAUAUGGAUCCUUCUUACCAAGAAUUUCAGCAACACUCACUUCCUCCAUCAAGCUAUCAACAAUAUCCAUCCUAUGCACCACCACCUAGGCCUCCUGCAAACCAGUUACAGGAGCCAUCAUCUUUCAGUUCUGGGUAUGCUUCAGAUGGACAUUUUUCAUAUGCUGCAAGAGAUGGAACUUUGCGGGAAUCAGCUGCUGCUUAUCCUCAUCAAGAAAUUGCACCUACAAGUUUAUCAGUUCACCAGCAGGAGGUACCUUCUAGUUAUUCUUCUGCUGCAGGUAAAGAAGAGCCAAGCGAUACGAAUGGCGGAUUUUAUCAACCAUCGCAUAUGCCUUUUGCUUCAGCUGCACAACACCAAUUUCAACCAUCAGUAUCUUCUAAUGAUAGACCAAAUUCUGUUGAACCACCCCACUAUGCAUUCAACAACUCAUCAGCUGACUCAACCGCUGAGCUUAGUAAUCAGCCAUUAGAUUUUGGGCCGGGGUAUGGUCAUGACCAUGUCUCUUUUGGACAAUCUGCUGCGUCUGGAAUGCCUUAUUCUUCAAUGCCUCCAGUACAUGCUACAGGACCACAGGCUGAUCCUUCAGUGGGUGUUCCUUCUCCAGUUUCCAUGCACUCGGGUCCUUUAUUUGGCGGGGUUACUGGAUCAAGCUUCCAACAAACUAUUUCAUCUGCAAACACAAGCUUUCCCAUUUCAAAUGCAUUUCAUGCAACAAAUGCCUUCCAUGGUGACACAUAUGGGACUCAUGGGUUCCCUGAGCGCCCUAAAAAGGCUUCCGUACCGAACUGGCUCCGAGAGGAAAUAAUUAAGAAAAAAGCAGUCAUAGGAAGUUCUGCCCCAGAGGUUCCCAGACAGGACACUGGAUCAACUGAAGAUGAAGAUAUGGACAAGAAAGGAAAUCAGGCAGAGGGUAAAAGUAUGGAGUCGUCUAGGUUCACAGAAGAUGAGGAUGAUGAUGAGGAUUAUGUCGAAGCUGCUAAAACUGCUGCAAUUAACAAGGAGAUAAAGCGCAUCUUAACUGAAGUUCUUUUGAAGGUUACAGAUGAGCUUUUUGACGAAAUUGCAACAAAAGUUCUUGAUGAAGACGAUGUUAAUGUGGAAGUUGAGCACAAGUCUAAUGCUUCAACUGAUACAACAUCAGCACCUAUUACUCCCAAAUCUUCCGCAAAGGUCAUAAUUCCUUCCAAAAUCAUAGGAACCGAUGAUGAUGCUAGUGGGAAAUCUAAUUCUAGCUCACCUGGAGAUGUCCUAGGACUUGGUAGUUAUGCUUCUGAUGAUGAUGAUGAAGACAAAGAAGUUCAGAAUGUGUCUCUUACCUCUUCCAAUGGGAGUAAGCCACCUGUACUCUUGGCUGAAAAUGGCAGUUCACAAGUAGAUAAUGGUGACAUGCAUGGUAAAAAGCUUCUAGAAGAAUGUCAUGGAGUGACCCCAAACAGGGAUUUGGGUAAUCAUAAUGAUAGUUCUGGUGGGGAGAAAAUUAAACCUGAUGGCACUGAUGUUUCAAAGUUAAAGCCGAGUGUAACCAAGGAUGUUAACGCUGAGAAUAUAUUACUCGAUGAUUCUAAAGGUGGCAGCGCUAGAAAUGGACAGGAUAAGAGUGAUAAGGACAAGAAACAUAAUAAGGUAGAUGAGAGUAGUAGGGUCCACGAUGAUAGACAUGCUAAGAGGGCAAAGAAGGAAGAUCAAAAUGAUGCUAAAGAAAAAGCAAAGGAUCGAGAUUCAGGGAAAAGGGCCAGUAAGGGUGAAAUUAAGGAUGAUAAAAGAGAAAGAGACAGAGAUAGAAGAUCUAAUGAUAAAGAAGAUAGCCGAAAGCUGGAUAGAGGAAAGGAUGACAAGACUGAACGCCCGAAGUAUAGACCUGGUGACUCGAGUAGGCACAAGCGACGCCAUUCGCGGUCACCUGGUGGUAUGGGGAGGAGCAGCAAGGACAACUCAUCUGUUGGCCAUGUAUAUGGCUCAAGUGAUAGCUCUUCCGAUGACUCUAAAAGGAAGGGACGUUCUAAAAGACGACAUUCAUCACCAUCACCUGUCAGAUCAAGAAGACAAGUGUCAAGGUCUCCACUUAGCAAGCGUUCUCAUCACAGGCAUUCUAACUAUUCUUCUCUUGAAACCACCAGGGAGAGGAGGAGGUCAAGAUCCAGGUCGCGAAGAUGAUAGUGCAGCUGGUUGCGUAUUUGAAGAUUACUCAUUGUGUGACACUUCUCUUUGUGUCGGCUUCUGGAAGUUGAGUAAUAUCGACUGAUGGGGAUCUGCUGCCUGAAAUGUAGUCAUCUUUUAUAGAUCAGGCAGACCCUGCAGGUCCGACAAAUGUAAAUCCGACGAUGAACAGGUCUUAUAGUAUGCAUGUUUCUGUUGAAUGGAGCCUUUUCUUCUGUAGUCAUGAUUGCGAGGCUAGUUCCAUAUUGUCUUCUAUUAUCACUUGUAGUUGAUUCUGAGCCAAGUUUAUAAAUUGUGUUUCUUCUGGAUUCUGGAUGACAUGCAUCAGAAAACCCUGGUUAAACGCUAAUGCUAUGACCCUUCUUGAGUGUA